CCAAUUUCCUGGACACAUCCGAUCUGUUCCUAAAGGCAUGCUGACUUAGUCGUUCUUUCUUCGCCUUUUUCAAUUCUCUUCAUCGACACAUAACACAGUCGCGACCUCCAUAUAGGGGGCAUCGAGCUCAUCAUGUCGCUGUUCGGUGCGCAACCCCAACAACAACAGUCUGGAGGAUUGUUCGGGAAUACAGCAAACAAAACCCCAAGUCUAUUUGGCAAUACACAGCAGCAGCCUGCGACUGGUGGUUCGUUAUUCGGCAACGCACAAAACAAACCUGCUACAGGGACGGGACUCUUUGGCUCGACGACUACUACGACACAGCAACCAGCUAGUGGCGGUGGAUUAUUUGGCGCAUCGACAAAUCAGGCACAACCGCAGCAGCAAACUUCGAGUUUAUUCGGAGCAUCACAGACGCAGAACAAACCUGCCGGAGGGUUGUUUGGAGGUCAACAAAAUACGCAGGCGCAGACUCAACCGAGUGGUAUUUUUGGGUCGACCACCACGACUCAACAGAAACCGGCAGGGAGUCUUUUUGGAUCGACUACACAGCAAACACAGCAGUCAGGGACGGGUUUGUUUGGAGCGACCAAUAAUGCACAGCAACAGCAGUCGUUGUUUGGGGGUGGUUCGCUUUUUGGGAAUCAGCAGCAGCAACAACAACCUCAGCAGCAGCAGCAACAGCAAACUCCACAAUUGGGACAGACCUUGAAUCAGUCACAGCUAGGAUCUUCACUAUGGUCUCCUGGUCGUGCGAUUACCGGAGUCCACCGCACGGUCCCAGCACAAAUGGAAAUUCUCAAAGAUAAAUGGGACCCUACAAAUCUCACCUCACCAUUCCGUGGAUACACGUACAACCACCCCGGCGAGGAUCACGCACCAUUCUUCCAACCAACCGCCGAAGAUGACCCAACCAAAUGGGAAGAAGCAUUAAAAUCCCGCCCAGGUCCCGGUUACGUCCCCCUUCUUCUCAAGGGAUUCAUGGAAUUGGGCCAGCGAGCCGUCCGACAAAAGGAUUUUCUCAGCGCGCUUCAGACACGUCUACAUCAGAUCAAUAAUAUUCUAACAGAUUUACUCUCGCGUCACGAUCUAAAGAUCUCGGUGAGGAUAGCUGAUUGUCGACGUAAGCAUCUCGUACUUAGUCAAAGGUGUUUGUCGCUUGCGGCCAAGACGCAGAUUCUACGGAAUAGGGGGUAUGCGAUGGAUGAUGCGGAGGAGGAACUUAAGAAGAAAUUGAUACAGUUGGAACGAGCAAUCUUUGAUCCGUCAAUAACUGGGAGGGCGGAGGAGAUUUGGGCAAGGAUGCUUGCUGUGAGGGAGCACUCGAAACGACUUGCGGCGGAGAUUGAGAAGACUGGGUCUGCUGGUUCUAAUAAUGAGGGGGAGGCUGCGCUUGACGAGAAUGCUAUGAAGACUGCUAAGAAGAUCCUCGAAGAUUACGCCUCUCAAAUCCAACACUUGCAAAAAGAACUCACAGCCAUAGGCAAAGAACUAGACGAGGCACAGAAAUUGGCUGGGACGAAUAGCCCAUAAUCAGUCUUCUACCUCGGUCUUGAUUUAAUGCAUCAGCUUGUUAUUCGACUGAUUAAUUAAUGCGACAUAACUGUUACUUUGCAGUCAAUUCAGACAUUGGUUACUCAUCAUACGUGGGAUUCAUAAAAAUGAAUAGGCGUUAGGAGCGUUUUGUCUUAUCAUUUCUUAAGUUAGCGGCUGAGAUUGGAGGAGCAUAGGAAAAGAAUAUCAUAACAUGUUUCAAUGGAAUAGGUUCCUCUU